AUGGACAACGCCUCUGGGGUAACACAUAGCGAGACCAUUUAUUCGAAAGGUAUUAGUGGGGAUGGAGUACAUUUUCACACCGAGGAAUACAACAAUGAAGUUCCCGAAAAGAGAAUGAGCAUUGCAUGGCAGGAUCCCAUAAUCGCAAUAGCUCUAUUUAUCGGAAGCAUUUUAGUUGUGGUUGGCCAUCAUAUAUAUUACGCUAGCCUCGAUAAUACUCCGGUGUACUCAGACAGUCAGCAGAUAUGGGCCAUUCGGAUAGGUACAGGCCUGGCGCUCGUCAUUAGGUGCGGGUUGGUCGCCACAAUAGGGCUUGCUGCUGUUCAACAAACGUGGGCAACGUUAAGACAGAGGGCGAUCUCUAUCCGAGGCAUCGACAGCAUGUUCGAUAUCCUUGAUAACCCGUGGUCUUUCUUGAACGCGGACUUGUUACUUAAUGCAAAGACACUCACCAUCAUUUCCGCCAUCUCAUGGAUUCUCCCAAUUAUCACAAUCGUGACGCCAGCCACAUUGACUGUAGGUCCGCAAAUGACUCAAGAUGUUAUCACAACAAAAGUUCCCGGCUACAACUUCUCGGAUGUCGAUGGCUGGCCUGUUUAUGAAGGGGCCGGUCGGUAUUCGGGGGUUGGUCCCGAAAUCGCACGCCUUUUCACGACCACCUACACAUCAAAUAGCUUCGUACCUCAGACACCGCCCUACCCUAAUGCAUCCUAUGACUUAGAUUUCUGGGGGCCGUCGUACAAGUGCUUGAACCUUAGCGAAGUUGUUAAGACAAAAAAUACCCCCACGUGGGACACCGAUACGUACAAUUAUACUUCAUUGGCAGCCGCCUUCCAAGGAGAAAUCGGCCCUACAAGACCUGCGAACGCCACGAGUUUGGGGGAUCAAUACAUCUUCAAAGCUUCUGCUCCCGGGGCUCUGUACAACAUGAUCCUCAUCGGCACUAGCGGCGUCAAUCCACUCUGGGAUAAUUCCGACAAGGAUGUUCAAAUGGUCUGCCAACUAUACAACACUUCGUAUAGCGUAACUAUACAAUUUGACAAUGGGAUACAGUCCAUCCAUGAGAAAUCAGUAGACUAUUUAAAGUCGCAGGAUUGGGACGAGUCGCGUGGUACCCAAUCUGCUUUCUUAGCUAACGAAACAUGUGCGCCCGACCCACGGGCAGGCAACGCCACGAUAUGUCCCACUUACUAUCUCACGCAUUAUAUCUUCAAGAGCUUCCUAGAGGGGAAAGUCUUUGAAAAUGCGGUAGGAGAAAUACUCCAGCGGAGUAUUGAUGGUGAGACCCUAACGCCCGCUGGGUCUACUGCCCUGUUCCAAAGUGGUCUCGCGGAUUGUCCCGAAAUCUGGAACGCUUCGUCAUUCCUCGAGGUCGCCCAGCCGACACAUUCGUUUCAGACAUCUGGUAGAUGUCGUGGAACACUGGCCACAACAAUUGAGAGUUUGUCCAGGAAUUUCACAUAUAGUCUGAUGACUUACAGAAAUUGGCAGAACGUGGCUACUAAGAUGGUUCCGGUAACGGUAUCAAGCCCAAGGAAUUUCUUCGCGUAUGAAAGGGCGACUCUCCUGGCUGCGUACCUCUCUGGUAUACUAGUCACGCUAGUCUGUCUCUGCGUGGGAGGAGUCGCACUGUGGCAUAACGGCUACACGAGUUCUACAUCAUUCUCCGCGGUGCUCCUAACAACAAGAAAUCUUCACCUAGAUCAGCUGGCUCAAGGCAAUACAUUUGGAGCGAAGCCUGUCGCAAACUCAAUAAAAGAUACCAAGCUCCAAUUCGGUAUUUUGAGGACUGGAGAGUCAGAGGUACAAGCUGGCUUUGGUUUUGAGGGGACUGUGGAACCACUCAGGAAUGAGGCACAACUAAGGCUUCGGAAAAAAGGAAGCAAUGAUAUCCAACGAAUAUAA